CGAAAAAACCAUGAUGGCUGGAGGAACAUCUGAGUACAUUGCGCUGGGCGACGAAGAUCUUCCAGUCCAAGCACUGCCACACGUGAAGCCUCGAGCUUUGAUUGUGGUAGCAGACGGCUGCGAAGAGUUGGAGACGUUGGCGCUGUCCGAUGUCUUGAUCCGUGGAGGACUUCAUGUCGUCAUCGGGUCGGUCGGAAGAACCAAGAGCAACAUUGUCAUGGGCAAUCAUGGCCUACACAUCCAGGCUGAGAAGCCAAUCGAGGAGUGCAGCUUCGAAAACUUCGAGCUGAUCGUAGUGCCUGGGGGCGAUGGGGCUACUCACGUGCGCGACUCUGAUCUCGUCAUCAAGAUGUUGCUGUGGCAGAUACAAGCUGGACGUUGGAUUGCUGCGAGCUCCUCAGCACCUGCGGUUGUGCUGAAUCCACACGGUUUGCUUGGCGAGCGAGCCACCUGCUCGAUCGCUCAUGAGCCGGAGAUGACGCGCGAGUUUGUCGACGAAGAUGUCGUGGUGGACACUCGCUGCGUGACGAGUCAGGGACCAGGCACGGUGCUGAAGUUCGCACUGACGCUGGUCAAGUUGCUAAAUGGAGAACUUGCUGCUCAACGAGCUGCCAAGGAGCUUUUGUAUCCUUGGCCGUAG